CACGCCGGUACUUCCGUGUUUUCAUCGUAGCUUCAUGUGGCUAAAAUCAGGCCUAAAUCUCUGAAAUCAAGUUAAAAUACGGACUGACCAACACUACAGUUUAUUCUACACGAUUCUUAAGCUCAGUGGCAGUGAUCAGCAGCAGGUGUACUGUCCCUGGUUCUCUUCUGUCACUGGGCUCGGUUCUGAUCGGUUCAGAAUGGCCCAUUUCAGGAGUUAUAUCUGGGACCCGGUGCUGAUUGUGUCACAGAUCAUCCUCAUGCAGUGCAUCUACUACAGCUUCCUGGGUCUGUGGCUCGCCGGAGUCGAUGGUCUGGUCCAAACGAGUCGCUCACUCAACCAGAUUUUCAGCUACGAGGUCCUGAGUUUUGCUACGAUGCAGGGGAGACUGUCAAUGAUGGCAUUCAUAUUAAAUUCGCUCACCUGCGCUCUCGGUCUGUGGUUCUUCAUUCGGCGUGGAAAACAGUGUCUGGACUUCACCGUCACUGUUCACUUCUUCCACAUGAUCGGCUGUUGGAUCUAUAACUCCCACCUGCCCUCCUCUCUGGCCUGGUGGCUUGUAAAUGUGGCGUGUAUGGCUUUAAUGGCGGUGAUUGGAGAAUACUUGUGCAUGCGGACUGAGCUCAUGGCAAUACCCGUCAACACAGGACCCAAAUCCAAUCUCUAAAAGCCCACAGACUUCAAUGUGAACAAGUAUUUUCACUGAAAGAGUAUUACGAAUGCCCACAAGUAGCGUGCCAUGCUAACUGUUGGGUAUUUUCUGUUUUGAUAAUGAUGAGAUGGACUUCUAUUUAUUAAAAGCUGUCGGUGAACUGUUAUUGAAAAGAAUCGGACAAUGUUUUUUAAGGGAAACCAAUGGAGAGACAAAAUCCUGUGAACAUAAGAACUUUACACAAGGUGUUUUAAUUUGUAGUUGUUGCAAGCUUUCAUGUUGGUAUUUCUAUGGAGGAAUGGUUUUAGAGAUUCUUUUUUUUUUUUUUUUUUUCCCAACUUGAUGGCUUUCAGUAACAGUGGAAGUUGUGGAUGGAAUUAAUAAAUAGGCCACUUUAUUAGGUACAUGGUUCUGAAUGCAAGUAUUGAAUCAACAAAUUAUGAAGGUAAUUCAGUGCAUAAGGACUUGUGACACAUGUGCAUCAGAAUGGAGAAGAAAUACCAAAAUUGGGACUAAACUGGGACCAAAUCUGGACCUAAACCAGGACUAGAACAAGACUAGAAAAGCGUCAAAAUAAGUCUACAUCAGGACUAAACCAGGAAAAGUGUACACCCUAAGGUUUUGGUGGUUGUUUCUAUCAAGACUAAACCAAGCACGAUUAAACUAGGUAAAACCCAGGAUUUUAUUUGUCUAAACCAGAACUAAACAAGUUCUAACCCAGGACUAAACCAGGUCUAAAGCCUGAGCCAUCUAAUUGAAACUGACCGCUGCAGAUAUGAACUAUUAUCGGAGGUGGAUUAACCUGGUCUUAACCAGGAUUGUAGCAGGUCAGGUCUAUGAGGGCAGUUCAAUGCAUAAGGUCUUAGAAACUGUUUAGCCACAGUGUUAUUCUAUUUUAGACCCAGUUUGGUCCAUGGUUAGACUUGUUUUAGAUCUAAUCUGAACCUAUUUUCUUAAGGUGCCAUUUUGUGUGAAAAGUUUGAAUAAUUUUGAUAAUUUACAAAUAGAAUGUGGCCCAAUAGACACUGGACUAAAACCGGACUAAAACCGGACUAAAACCGGACUAAAACCGGACUAAAACCGGACUAAAACCGGACUAAAAGAGGUCCACACCAAGUUCUUCUCUACCAUAUGUUCAGUUGAUAGAUUUUUGCAUGUAGAAGAAACCUUUAAACAUAUGUACCUAUAGUACGUGGCCAGAGAGUGAAUGACAUUUGUGGAGUGACCCAUUGAAAUACUGUACAAACUACAUCAUGACAAAGCUUGGUAUUUUGUUUAUAGCAUUAUAUAACAGUGUCAGUGAUGACAGGUUUCAUUCUUUAUGCAUUUGAAAAUAUUGGGACACUACAACAAAGAUUUUAAAUAAGAGAAACUAUAGAACAUAAACAACAUUGUAGUGCUGCAUGAGUAACUGCGAUCAAAAUCGUAAUUUUAUUAGAUGCAAUUAACAAAUUGUAAAUCUGCAUAUUUUUAAGUACCAUUCUUCCACACACAAAACCAAAAACUCUAUUUUGUAGAAAAAGCUGCUAACCCUGUAGUUUAGAUCUAUACAAACAUGUUCUGAAAUAUGAUUCUUGUAUUAUUUUAUCACUUCAUAUUUCAGGUAUUUUUGUCAAAUUCUGUCCAAAUGUGAACUUUGGACAGAAUUUUAUUAUUAAAACCUAAAUUGCUAAUCACAAUGACCAUGCAUGUCAGAAAAAUGUAUUCAAAAUGUGAUUUAAAAUGCAGAUAAUUUGACAUUUGACAUGCUUAAAAAAAUGUGCAUAUACUUAUUAGAUGCAGAGAUUGAGACUUCCCUCACCCCAGCCACUUCCUUUUGGUAAUUUCAAUAGCAAAUUUCAAAUGUAUUUUUGAUCAGUAACACUUGUUUAACCAGCCUUUUGUUUCUCUGGUCUAAUUUAUGGACUUCAGCUUCCUGUUAAUAAGCACCACUUUUGGGUUGCUAUGGUAACAGUGCUUAUUUUUCCGCUGAAACCCCUGCAUGGAAAGUAUUUCUUUUUAAAAGGACAUUAUUUAUACCAUGUUGUGUAUGUUCUAUGUGUUGCUGUCACAUUUGCAAAUUUCAAUUUUGGUGUGCCCAAACCAGUUGAAUUUGUUCAAAUAUGUAACAUCUGCAAAUAUUUUCUGUUAUAAAGGCCUUUUGGAGCUCAUUUGCACAGCUUUCUUUGCUCAUGUCCGUAUGUUGUUUUAUGAUGAAUUUUCUAAACAUGACCACUCUUGAGACAUCAA